UGCCUCCACUGUCAAGCUGACAUCUCACAAGCCUGUUUUCUGAGUCUGAAUCUGAUUCUGAACCUGCGUGCACUGUGGCCGUACCCUGAUUCUGAACCAGCGUGCACUGUGGCCGUACCUGUCCGCUCGCUUGACCGUCAACGACGUCACGUCACGUCAGUCACGUAGUAUCCAUCCAUUUAUGUAGUCUGUCUGUGCGUCAGUCGAAAUUUUAUCGUUACGGUGAUAGUACGUGCUGGUGUUUGAUUUUAAUUAAUUUAAUAAUAAUAAGAAUCGUCAUGUGUUUAGUGUCGCAGCUGUAACAUUGAACUCAAGUCUUUAUCAUAAACGAAUUUAAUAUUUGAAUCUGUCUUAAAAUUCUUCAAAAUGAGGUUGGCUGGGGCCAUUUUCAGUAAUGUUACAAAAAUGUUGGACUUUUAUUCACAAUUUAAUCCAUCACCGCUGUCCAUUAAGCAGUUUAUAGAUUUUGGUCUCAAUGCGUGUGAGAAGAAAUCAUUCACGUUUCUGAGAAAGGAACUACCAGUGAGGCUAGCGAACAUAAUGAAGGAGAUAGCUCUACUGCCCGAGAACCUGUUGCGAAUGCCCUCAGUGGGCAUGGUCAACCAAUGGUACGAGAGAUCUUUCGAAGAGAUCAUACAGUUUGAGAAGAUGGACCCGGAUCCACCUGUGUUGACGCAGUUCUGCGAACGCCUAGUCCACAUACGGAACCGUCACGCAGACGUGGUGCAGACGAUGGCGCAAGGCGUGCUGGAACUGAAGGAGUCGCAUGAGGUGGACGUCGGCACAGAGAACUCCAUACAGUACUUCUUGGACAGAUUCUACAUGAGCCGCAUCUCGAUCAGAAUGCUGAUCAACCAGCACACCCUCCUCUUCGGUGAGGAGCAGACCACCGCCAGGCAGGCUUCAGUCAACGGCAUCGGCAACGGCGGCCGCCACAUUGGGUCCAUUGACCCCGCGUGUGACGUAGUCGCGGUAGUCAGAGACGCGUACGAGAACGCGAGGUUCCUCUGCGAUAGGUACUACUUGGCGUCGCCCGACCUCGAGCUGUUGCAGAUGGGAGUGCCAAGCGACAGGCCGAUGCCUAUAGUGUAUGUUCCUUCACAUCUGUACCACAUGUUGUUCGAGUUGUUCAAGAAUGCCAUGAGAGCUGUGAUGGAACACCAUGAGAGCGCCCCGCCACCUAUACAAGUCAAUCUGAUCAAUGGAAAGGAGGAUAUAGCAGUUAAGAUGUCAGACCGAGGUGGCGGCAUACCGAGGAGUGUCACCGAUCUACUGUUCAAAUAUAUGUACAGUACGGCCCCGCAGCCUUCCAAGUCUGAUUCACACACCGUACCAUUAGCUGGUUACGGGUACGGCUUACCUAUAUCUAGGCUGUAUGCCAGAUAUUUUCAUGGAGAUUUGGUGUUGAUGUCUUGUGAGGGCUUCGGAACCGACGCUGUUAUAUACCUUAAGGCUCUAUCGAAUGAAGCUAACGAACUCCUGCCAAUAUUCAACCGGACAUCAACCAAGUUUUAUAAACCAGUCACUCAGUUAGCAGAUUGGUCUGGAUCCCUCAAUACGGCUAGUAAUCCUUGCAGGAAUAGGGAGAAGGCUUCCCCUUUAUCUGCACCCGUCUCGAAUAGUCUAUAGCACGAGAAUAAUGGAGUCUCCACCUCGACUCCACUCGAAGAAAAAUAAACUUAGUCUAUUACAUUUUUUAGUUUGAGCAUUAAUCUGCUUAAUUUGGAAAUCGAAGGAAAGUUUUUACUAGAAAUAAUUUAACUCGGACAAAGUUUCAGGCAGGUUCGAGCCUUGCCUGAAAUCUUGACAGAGUAAAAUUUUUUCAUGUAAUCAUUUUCUGAAGAUUAAUUCAUUAGUCUAAGUAUAAGAUUAUUUACUCGUUUCUUCUAAUAAACAGUGUUACCUACCGGACCUAUUAGUGAAUCUACUCAAUAGAGUAAAGUUGAUUAUGGGUAUAAUUCUGGCAUGAAUCUCUAAAUCUAAAACUAUAUUUGACGACAGUAUCUCUUUUUCGUUCUCUUUAGAAUAAGAUGAGGACAUAACUCUUAUCAAGUUUAGUUUUAGAGAAUUAUGUUACAAUCAAGCCCUUUUUUGCGGUAACAAAAUAAUGAGACAACACGGCCUUUACGGAGAGUUAAAUUUAUUUGACAUCUCUGAGUACGGACAAUCAUCUUUAGAUAGUUUAGAUUCACAAUUAUACCUACGAAAAAUUCCAUUAAAAUCAGCACAGUCGAUUGGAAGUUAUUCAGUGAUUAACAUUUCACACCUAUAGAAGAAAAUUAUGUUUAUUAUUUCGUACGUAACUCUGACUUCUAAACCGCUGAGUUGAUUUUCAUGAGUUGAGGUGUGUAGAAAGGGUCUUAAAAAAGUAUACAGACUAAUUUUUGUAGUGAAAAUCAAAGUUGAAGGGGGUGAUAAAUGGUGAUGAAAGUUUGUUUGAGGAGGAAAGUUUGUAUGAGGAGGAAGUAUAAUGUACAAUAAUAAGUAUGUACAUCUUUUAUUUUUCACAGUACAAUUUAAGUUGUUAACUUUUGCGGUGAAUUAAAAAGUGGUUUAUAUGAUUCAAUUGUGUGGGAAUUUCAGAAGCAUGUUCAUUUUAGGCUGUACUGUGCAUGCGGCCCUUUGCCUGGAAAAGCGGACUGUCAGUGUCAAAAGUUGUAAAUUUUUCCGGCCAAAAAGUUUGUUUAUUCUUUUUCAGUUAAUAAUUUUUUUUUAACACCUUAAACAACAUUCAAGCAAAUCUUUAUUUUUGCAACCAUUUUUAUUACAAUACAUAUCCCGUACCAAGUGUAGGUGUAGUAUUUUUUGAAAUACUCAAUACCUACUUAUAAAAAGCUUUCGUCUUAAUAAAAAUGAAAAAAAUACUUUCUGUUAAUAAUUGUUUCAUUAAUAAGGGCGUCCAUAAAUUACGUGAGAUGUUUAAGGGGGGGAGGGGGUCGAGUCAAAUCUCAUCUAAUCUUACGUUGGAGAGAGGGGGGUCUCGGCAAAUAUCACGCAUCAAUUUUUUCUGAUUGAAACAAAAAUCAUACUAUUUUGGUCCAUUUAAUCCAGAUUGUACAUGCUUAAGAUUUAAGUGACAGAAAAUUCAAAAAAACCUAGUGUAAUACAUAAUAAUUUAUCAUUCAACUUUGUGAUAAUAAUCUGGAGCAUAGGGUUGGGUUCGCAAAAAAAGAUCUAGUUUAAAUUGAGCUCCGUUUUCUAUAAAAUUCAUUACUAUAUUCCUAAUAUAAUCUUUGAUUAUAAUCACGCCCAGAUAGGUACCGUAUUUACUGCACGGAUGCGGUCCAAAAAUAUCUACUAUAUAUGGUAGAUAAGCUCGUCGCUACACACGCACACAUUGAUUGCUUUCGAACAAUCACAUUGGAGUCACGCACACAUUGCGAGUAACAUGAGUAGUUUUCUUUGCGUGAUUUAUUUGAAUUGCUCUAUCUAGGCGUGUACCUAUAUAAUCAAAAGUUAUAAUAUUUUGUUAAUGAACAUAACCAAUUAGACAGAUGAAUUUGAAUCAAGUUAAUAGUUUAAAAACCUAUUGAAUAAAGAAUAGUAACAUUAUAUAGGUACGUACAUAAAGCGUAUACUAACUACGAGGACAAAUAUAUAAUUCACACAUUCUAAUGUGUAAAUUAUUUUGUUUUUUUUUAAUAUUAUUUUUGUCAAUGUGAUAUUAAGGGAUAAGGUUGAAUGUAAGCAACACAAUGGACUGGAAAAAAUUUGAUAAACGUAUUUUAUAGUUUCAUUUAUUGUGAAACAUUAAAAUUUAUCAAUUGUGAAACUCUAAAAAACGCUCUAGGCGGAGAUAUUAAAAUUACUCUAUUAAAAUUUAAGAGAAAAUAUCAUAUUGUAUUUUAUAGUUUAGCAUUAGCUAAUAGUAAGUGGACAGUGUGACUGUGGAAAUAUGUUUUGUGUACCGAGUGAUGUAUUGUGUGGCGUAUGUUAUUGUAUACAGGGUGUUAAUUUAAUAGCCAUAUGCUAAAUGAAACGUGUCAAAAAACACCAAUCAAAGGGAUGAUUGGCAAAGAUUGGUGUUUUUCAUAGUAACAAUAAAAAAUAAUGUAAAUCAAAGAUGUUGGUCAUUUUCGUGAAAUGCUGAUUAUGUGUCAAAACUUUUUCUUAUAACAUGAUUCUUUUAAAUUAACACACUGUGUUGUUGAAUGCUACACUUCAGAAAGAAUAAAAAGUAGAUAGCAUUCUUAGUGUGUUACAGCGUAUUCUGGAUAAAUUAUAUACAUAGAAUUGUUUUUGGGAAAUAUGUAUUUGUGUAGGUAGGUACUUUGUGAAAUCUUCUUCUAUACGGGCCCAGUGAAUUUUAAUAAGCAUAGGUACAUAUUGUAUAUCAAGAAGAAAGAAGAUAUAUCUAUGACGGAAGAAGAUAAAAGAUUAAUCGUAUUUUUUCAUAAUUCAAAUGAAAUAAAUGACGAAUGAGUCAUUUUGAUACUUGAUUUAUAAUUGUAAUAAAACAGAGCCUUACUGGUUAAGUAUUUGAUAUUUAUGAUGUCAUUUUAUAAUGCUUAACGCAAUACAAUGAACCUUAACUCCCUUAUUAAAAAACAAGGACUAAGCUUAGACUAGUUACGCCGUGUUUGGUCAUGUCACUCGAAAUUCCUUAUGUCAUUCAAUUGAACAGAGAUAAACAUGGAGUAACUAAGCCUAUUCUUCGUUUCUUAAUAGGGGCAUACCAGUCCUGUAUUAUUUUUGAUAUGGAUAUAGGUAUAUUGGAAGUAUGCAAUUUAAUAGAGAACCAUAUAGGUACCUAAAGCUAUUUCCCAUAUCUGAAAUUGAUAAAUAAAAACACAAGCUGUAACACGAAAUCCUAAGUUCAUAUAAGAUAUGUAUUUAUUUAAAUAAAUAUUGCUGUACUGUUUGCGUGUGUUAAUAUAUAAUAAUUAAACCAAUAAAUUUUAAUUAAUAAUUUCAAUGAGUACAAUGAGUAUCUCUCUUAACUGGCGGCAAGUUGUGCAGUUUCAACACUUAUCCCAAUGCUUUUUAAAUAUCUUAGCAUUUGUCAUUUACGUAUAUGAUUUCAAUAGAUAAGUCAAAAUAUCGAAUACGACAUCGCUAUUUUGAUAUAAUGAUUGAAAUCAUAUAUGUGAGGGGAUCACACUUCAAUUUAAACUGAAUUUAUCAUCAGUCUCUCCUUUUCAUUCUGUAUAGAGAAUGACAAGGAUGCACCGUAGUCAAAUUUAAUUUUAGAUUUAGAGAAUCAUACCGGCGCAUCGACACCACUGAUUUGUUAAAUAAUUGUAGUUCGUGAAUAUCCUUGAGGCAUGUUACCAAAAAUGAAUCAUGCUAGAAGUUGAAGUUACACAAAUAGACAUCAACUUUUAUUUGAUUAGUUAAGCAGAGAGUCAUUAGCAGUAUAAAAUGCGUGGGUACAAACUUGCGAGUGUCGAAAGUACCAAGAAUAUGCGGUUGCCCUAGCGCCCAGCAACCUAAUACUAAUUUUCAGUUUUUUAAAAUUAAAACGAAAGUAAAAUUAAUAAAUACUUUAGUAUCGUAAGUUUAAUUCCAAAACGUUGUUAUGAAAAUAGUGUAAUAUUAGCUAUGUCUAGGCAAGUUUUGAUGACAGUAACUGUUGUUUUUUUUUAUUUAAAUAAAUUAUUUAAUAUCUGUGUUUUGCUUUUAAAACUGACGUUUCCCAUUUUUU